AUGGCGCAUAAGUAUGCAAUAGAAUCGCUUGACAGAACUUUGAAAGAUGUUAUGAGUGCAAACAAAAAUUCAACUGAUGUAUUUGGUGGAAAGGUUGUUGUUUUCGGUGGCCUCUACACUGGAGAUUUCAACAAUGCAGGAGAGAUUCGUGACUACUACAACGCAAAUUCAGUUGACAAGUCUGAGAUUCAUGACCCAGCAGUAGUUGAUAUCCUCAUGCCAGAAUUUCUAAGUUCCCUCCGAACAUCAAGUUUGCCAAACCAUCACUUAAAACUAAAGGUUGGGACACCUAUAAUGCUCAUGAGAAAUAUAGAUCAAUCUGAAGGUUUGUGUAACGGCACAAGGCUGUGUAUAACAAAGAUGGCAGCCCAUGUACUCGAGGCUUCAAUAAUGGGUGGUAAAGGUUUGGGAAAUUUGGUUUACAUACCUCGAAUGGACAUGUCACCAUUCCAAUCACCAUGA